UAAAUGGAUCCAAAGCAUCCCAACUCAAUAACCCAAAAUCCAAAUAACCCGACCCAAUCUGAACCGUAAACCCGAAUACUGAGGACUAGCUUUACUAUUCUCUUGGUUGUUUAUAGGAUAUCCUUGGAUCACAGACGGAGAAGCCUCCAGUAAGCCUAUUGAUAGCGUUGUUUCAACCCGUUUGAAACAAUUAGGUAAUAUGAAUAAGCUCAAGAAGGUAGCUCUAACGGUUAUGGCAAAGAAUCUAUCAGAAGAGGAAAUUAAAGGUCUUAAAACAACGUUCAAUAACAUCGAUACAGAUAAAAGUGGCACAGUCACUUAUGAAGAACACAAAAGAGGGCUAACUACACUUGGCUCUAAAGUCUCUGAAAAAGAAGUGACGCAACUCAUAGAAGCCGGUGAUGUGGACGGUAAUGGAACAAUCGACAUAGAGGAGUUUAUCUCUGCAACGUUGGAUAGAUUCAAACUGGACCAAGAUGAACAAGUUGGCCUAGCAUUCCAACACUUUGACAAAGACAAUGACGGGCUAAUAACGAGGGAUGAGUUGGAGAUAGCAAUGAAGGAUUGUGGUGUGGGAGAUAAAGAUAGCAUCAAACAAAUGACAUCAGAAGUCGAUGCUAACAAUAUAAGUUAGUCACGGAUGGAAGCAUAGACAUUGAGGAAUUUUUCACAAUGAUGGGAAAUUGUGAAGGGCAAGCACAGAGACAUAAAUGGAAAUUAUUCUGGUCAAUUUACCAAAUGUUCUUAUGUUCACCCAAUAUAACGGUUGGAAGAAGAGAUAAACCUGAGUAAACCGUGGUAGAGUAUUUGAAACUUAGAUCCUUGCAAGCAAUCUACUUGUACUUUUUUUUUUUUACUUGUAUUUUUAUUGAGAAGCUUACGACAAAAAGAGUUACGUAUUUUGGUCAGAAGUGUGAAAGAAACUUAUUAUGGUUAAAAAAAAAACAUUUGAAGGUAUUUUUUCUAAUAUAUCUUUUCAAUAUUUAAAAGUCAAAAUAUUCAUACAGAUCCAAAAUGUGUACGGGUACAGAUAACUGGUUGGUUUAUCUUACUAAACCAAAUCAAACCGAAACAGACUAAUUUAAUUUCCGUCACUUGUUAUCAGAUAUUUCCUCUGCUAGGGAGAGACUCGACUCAUUACACACACAAGCAUUGGUUGGCUGA